AUGACAGACCAAUUUGUAAUCCAUAAAUUUGGUGGUACAUCUGUCGGGAAUGCUACUUGCUUUGCAAAGGUAGCAAACAUUGUCUCGCAAUUAAAAGCAUCACGUGUAGCAGUCGUUGUAUCAGCUAUUGGUGGGAACCCAAAGGUGACAGACCUGCUGAUUUCACUCCUUGAGUUAGCAAAACAACGUCGUACUGCUGAAUGUCGUGAGGUUCUAGCGACGAUUCAAUUGAAACACCAUGACGUCGUGAAUGCGCUACUUCCUCGACAUAUUCGUGACCCUAUUGAAAAAGCUAUUGAGCACGAUCUUCAAUCCAUCUCGGACCUCCUGCGCUCGAUCUCCAUAAUGCAGGAUUAUAACGACAAUAUCGUCGAGUUUAUCUCGGGUCAUGGUGAAAUCUGGUCAGCUAAAGUCCUGACUGCUGUAUUGAGUGAAAAGGCUCGAGCGGAUGGCAAGACACACGACUUUCACUAUGUAGAUGCUCGUGACUUUUUAACAGUCGAGCGAGAUACUGAGCAUGGACCGAUUGUCAAGUAUGAUCUAUCGAUGCAAAAGAUGCAACAGAUUGUAAAGAAUGGAGAGAGUGAACAACUGACGCACCUUGUCAUCACUGGAUUCAUCUGCAGUACGGUCGAGGGUGUCAUGACGACGCUUAAACGAGACGGCAGUGACUUUACGGCCUCGAUCUGUGGUCGGGUGCUCCAUGCAAGCAGUGUCACAAUUUGGACGGAUGUUAGCGGUGUGCUGAGUGCAGACCCACGUCGUGUCCCGGAGUCGCGCAUUCUACAGGAGAUAUCGUACCAAGAAGCCAUGGAACUUGCAUACUUUGGUGCUAAGGUCAUUCAUCCAAAGACCAUGACGCCUGCUAUUGUCGAGGAUAUCCCCAUCUACAUUCGAAAUACAUUUGAUCCGGAACAUCCUGGCACACGAAUUGCACAUCGUAAGAAGGUGGAGUUCAAGCGCUCCAUGUCGAACGGUGCACCGACGGCACGCAAUAUUGUAAGUGGGUUUUCCACGGUAGAUGAUCUGGCAUUGUUUAACAUUGAAGGAAGCGGCAUGGUAGGCGUGCACGGCACGUCGUCACGGCUGUUUAGCGCACUGGACCGCGUAAAGGUGAAUGUUGUGCUCAUUGCACAGGCUAGUUCAGAGCAUUCGAUCUGUUUUGCAGUACCUAUGGACUGUGCUGAUGUAGCAAAGGACGCUAUUAACGAGGCUUUCUUCAAAGAGAUCCACAUGGGACACAUUGACAAGGCCGAGUACAUUGCGCCAGUUAGUAUUAUUGCUGCCGUGGGUGACCAGAUGAACCAGACUCCUGGUGUGUGCGCCCGUUUCUUCAGUGCGCUGGGUCGUGCCAAAAUCAACGUGUUGGCAAUCUCACAAGGAUCGUCGGAGCGCAACAUUUCAGCUGUGGUGCACUACAAGGAUUCGGCUACUGCUCUGCGUUCUGUGCACUCAUCUUUCUUCCUGUCGGACCAAACCCUUUCCAUCGGUUUGAUGGGACUUGAAUUCGGAGAAGACGAGACAAACAGCAUUGGUGUGGCACUGCUGAAGCAGUAUCACCAACAACGCGAGUUCUUAAAGCAGCGCUUCAACGUGGAUAUCCGUGUGCGCGCUAUCGGCACUCACAUGUCGUCGCAAAUGCUACUGGACGUCGAGGGCAAUAUCACUGAAGCGGCCUUAUCGGCCCGGGAAAGCGAGUUUGUGCCUUUUGACCGGAACAAAUUUCUGAAUCACGUGUGCGCGGACCAUCUUCCUCACUGGCUUAUUGUUGAUGUCUCCAACAGCUUCCACCACGUGAAGGAUCUUUACCCGCAGUGGCUGCAGCGCAAGGUGCACGUCGUGACUUCCAACAUCAAUGUUUCUUCAGCCACUACGAUGCAGCACAGUACCCUGCAGGAAAUGGCGAUUGAGAACGAACUAACGUACGACCCGGAGGCUACGCUUGCCAUUGGUGUCCCCAUUUUCAACACGAUUCAGAACUUUAUCCAGACGGGUGACGAUAUUCAGCGGGUAGAGUAUACGGGAAGCCGCUUCUUGCACGCUGUGUUUGACACCGUGUUUGCACUACCAGACCCCACGACGGCUGACCUAGAAAUCAUUAUCAGGGACGUCAUAACGCAGUUCAAGAAUGAAUUCAGCGUGCGCGACAUUGUGGACGACGUAAUGGGCGUGCGUAGCGCCAAAAAGGCGAUUAUGAUUGCUCGCGAAAUGGGCUACGAUAUGGAACUGAAGGACGUCAAUAUUGAGAGUCCGUGGGAGGCGAGCGCCGUGGUGGCAGGCAGUCAGGAUGAGGUUGGAGCCUGGAGCUAUGAUUACCUUCUGAAGCAUUUGCUUGCGGCAAGCAAUCCUCUGAAGCAGCAGAUCGCCAAGGAAGCAGCAGAUCCAAAACAAGCAGUGCAGCUACGCCAAAUGACUUAUAUUGAUGCCAGCAACGGAACGAUCUCUGUACGAGUAGAGGCCUUGGCCCCGACACACUCGUUUGCCUCGCUCAAGAGUCGUCAGGGUGGCUUUGCAUUUUACACACUGCGGCAUUCACUGCACCCCGUAGUUGUCACAGGUCCUAUUGCCGACUGCUCGAUCACAGCGGGUUCGCUUUUCGGCAGCACGCUAUUUCUCGCGCGGAAUUGCGGUGCACGCGCCCAUAACUGCAGUCAAAAGCCAUGUAAACUGAAGUUGGAAUCAAUAGCGCAAGAUCCAGAGAAAAUUUCUCCGAGCAGUUGA